UUGCAUACUCAUACAUUAGAGGAAAUGACUGUUUCCAAAAUACAAGUCAUCAUUUUGUUUGCGUCAGCUGCCGUUGCUAUAUCGACAAACUGCCCUCCAUCUGAAGAUACAUGGCCAUGUUCGUGCCACGAUAAGCAAGUUGAUGCUGACAUCACACUCUACUGCUCUGACCGAGACACGAACCUGGGACAACUGAAGAAAGCACUGAAUACGCUUAAAACGAAGAGAAAUGUGGGUGUCGAACUUGAAGAAGUUAAGCUCGGCAGAGUUCCUUUUGAUUUUUUUAAGGGAAUCGACAUAAAAUAUCUUCACUUGUCGCACUGCGAUUUAGACACCCUGGCUGAUGGUGGUGGCAAACCUCUUACAGGAUUGGAAGACAGCUUAGAGGAACUGGUCAUAUCUUCAUCCUUCACUGAAGACAAUGUUCCAGCUAAGCUUGUCGUCAGCCAUUUGCGAACUCUGAGGGAAUUAGAUCUGACAAACAAUAUCAUCACAAACUUGGACAAUGAUUGGUUUAAGAAUGCCCCAUCGUCCUUACGUCGAUUAUCGAUCACCAAUAAUGGCAUUCAGAAAGUUGGUGACCGGGCAUUUUCAGACAUUUCUAAUCUAGAAUAUCUUUCUUUGAGUGGCAACAGAUUUGGAACUUUAGCCAGGAGUAUGCUUCCUAAUCCUGCUAACGAAUUGGAUACACUUGAAUUAGACAACAAUGCUUUGAGAAGUCUUCCAGACAAUUUUUUCAACAACAUACCCUACUUAAAGGUAGUUUCCCUGUCAUCCAAUGGAAUAAACAAGCUUCCAGAGAAAGUGUGGAGACCCGUAUGGAAUAAACUCGACGACAUUGAUCUCAGAAGAAAUCCACUGGAUUGUGAUUCUCACAUGAACUGGAUGUGGCAAGUUCCCACCUGUGCAGACAUAUCCGCCACCUGUAUGUCACCUCGUCAAAAGUUUCGGAAAAAUAUCCCAUUUGUGAAAUGCACGUAACACAGAAUUAAAAAUUGAAAACUAC